AUGGAUCUCGUAACAGGGGCCAUGGGCUCACUUCUCCCCAAGCUUGGCAAGCUCCUUAAUGAGUACAAGUUCCAGAAGGGCGUCAAGGAAGACAUCAAGUCUCUGGAGAAAGAGAUGAAGAUCAUGCGUGCUGCUCUUCACAAGGUGGCAGAUGUGCCACGGGACCAACUCGAGGAGGGCAUCAAGAUCUGGGCAGGGGAGCUCAGGGAGCUGUCCUACAAUAUGGAAGACGUUGUAGACAAGUUCCUGGUGCAUGUCAAUGGCGAGAGCUCUGACCCCAACUCCAACAAGCUCAAACAGCUUGGGGAUAAUAUGAUUGGCUUGUUCACCAACUGGAAAUCUUGUCAUCAGAUCGCCAACGAGAUCAAGGACAUCAAGAACCAAGUCAAUUAUGUGGCCAAACAACAUAAGAGGUACAGGGUCAGUGGUAUUGUUGCUGCUAAUGUAGCUGCUACAACAACAACUUUUGAUCCUCGUCUACCUGCUUUGUACAACAAGGUGUCUGACCUUGUUGGCAUCAAUGAGCCAAGAGAUGAGUUAAUCAAGAGGUUAACAAACAAAAAUGACCAAAUAGAGAUAGUCUCUAUUGUUGGAUUUGGAGGCUUGGGCAAAACUACUUUGGCUAAAGCUGUAUAUGACAGUCUCAAACCACAAUUUGAUUGCACAGCCUUUGUUUCUGUGUCGCAGACUCCUGAUAUGGUAGGGAUUUUCAGGAAGAUGCUACAUCAGCUUGAUAAGAAAAACUAUGCCGACAUUAAUGAAGCAUCGCGCGAUGCAACAGAGCUCAUUGAUGAACUCAGAAUGUUCCUCCGAAACAAGAGGUACCUCAUUGUUAUUGACGAUAUAUGGAAUCUACAAUCAUGGAUAGAAAUCAAACAUGCUUUGAAUGAGAAUGACUGUGCAAGCAGAAUAAUCACAACAACUCGUGACCUUGAUAUUGCUACAAAUGUUGGUGGUUCUUUUAAGAUAAAUCCCCUUAAUCUAAAGAGCUCGAAAACCUUAUUUUGUGGAAGAAUAUUUGGUUCUGAGGAUAAAUUACCUCGACAUUUGGGUGAAGCGUCCAUAAAGAUAUUGGAUAAAUGUGGUGGUGUACCACUAGCUAUCAUUACCAUCGCUAGUGUAUUGAAUGUACCUAGUAAAAUCCAAAACCAAGCAGUGUGGGAUAAGGUAUGUGCCUAUAUUGGUUCUGGACUUGAACAUAGUCCUCAUGUGAAGACCAUGCGGAUAAUAUUGUCCCUAAGCUAUUACCACUUACCCUAUCAUCUGAGAACUUGCCUAUUGUAUCUAAGUAUAUAUCCAGAAGAUCAUGAGAUCCAUAGAGAUGACUUGAUAUGGAAAUGGAUAGCCGAAGGUUUCAUACAACAUAAAAAUUCGGAUGAUAGCUUAUUUGAGGUUGGACGCAGUUACUUUACUGAGCUGAUAAAUAGUGGCAUGAUCCUGCCGUGCAUAGAUUUUAAAGGUGAUGUAACACGUUGCCGUCUGCAUGAUAUGGUGCUUGGCCUAAUCUGUUCAUUAUCUAGUGAAGAGAACUUUGUUACUAUAUUGAAUCACAGCGGUGGUUGCUGCAUAUCUUCACCCGUCAAAGUUCGCAGGCUGUCAAUCCAAAAUAGAAAUGAAGACAAUCAAAGGAAGCCACUUGCUUUCAUGAGUAAAUCACAAGUGAGGUCUGUUACUACCUUUCCACCUGCUAUUAAUCAAAUGAUGUCACUGUCGAUAUUUGAUGUUUUACGUGUAUUGGAUCUAAAUGGAUGUCAUCUGGGGAAAAGCAAAAACCUUAACCUCGAGGAUGUUGUGAAUUUAUUUCACUUAAGGUACCUAGGUCUUGCCGGUACAAAUAUUUGCCAGCUCCCAGCAGGAAUAGGAAAUCUGCUAUUUUUGCAGGUGUUGGAUGUAAGAUACAAUUCCAACCUAAAAGAAUUACCAUCCAGUAUUUGCAAGCUGAGAAGAUUGAUGUGUCUACUUGUUAAUGGUUACCACGCGAGCCUCCCCGAUGGGCUGGGAAAUCUUACAUCCAUGGAAGUGUUGAAGAAGAUCUGUGCCACCCUAAAUAUUGUGAAAGAGUUGCGCAAGCUAUCAAUGCUAAGGGAGCUCAAAAUUAAGUUUGAGCGUAAUGCAAGCCUAGAGUAUGGGGAAGCUUUUCUUGAGUCUUUACGUCACCUGAAAAAAAUCCAAAGUGUAAUUAUUCGUGGGUAUUUCCCUUCCAUGGAUCUCUUGGAGAAAAGUUGGCUGCCACCUCAGCAGCUCCGCGCAUUUGAGUCAGUCAGGUGCGGAGCAUUCUCUGGGGUGCCGGAGUGGAUAAAGAGGGAUCCACUGUGUCUCUCGGACCUCGCCGAGUUGGUAAUUGGCUUCGUGGAACUACGAGAGGAGGACCUACUGAUCCUUGGGAGGUUGCCAGUUCUUCGUCGUCUCUGGUUGUGGAGUGCCAAGCAAACGACGAAGGUGCUGUCCAUUGGCGCUGAUGGUGUCAAGAAGGCAAAAGAUGAUGGCAAUGGCGAUUUCGACUUCGGCCUGCUGAACCUCUUAUCCCUUGGGCAGGUCACUGUGGGAAUUGAUCGUCAUGGUGUCACACUUGCAGACGUGAAGGAUGCAGUGGUUGCAUUGAGGCACACAGUUAACGUCCAUCCCCUUCAUCCUGUCAUCACCUUUGAUAUUAGGCCGCUUAUACAACAAGAGGAGAGGGCAAGUGAAAUGAAUCCAGAGUUUUUCUUUGAUGAAGAACUGAUUAGAGAGCAGAGGAAGCUCCCGGGGAAAUUUCGGAAAUUCCGUGCGGAAACUACCUAG